AAUAAAUAAUUAAAUAAAAAUACAAAUAAAAGGCACAAAGUUUAAUAAAUGAAUAGCAUGAAAUAAAAUAUUAGUUAAACUGGAUAAAUAAAUAAGAUAAAUUAGUCAAAUCAAAAAUGGAUUCAAUCAAAUGUUAAUUAAAAAUAGAAAGAAAUUUGUUCGAUUAAAAAUGAAGCAGAAAGAAGAAUUUCGAUAGAACCUAAAAUGACAAAAUUAGCAUCAAUUUCUAAUUCUCAAUCUGAUUAGUAGAGAAAAGAUUUACUUUCUUUUAAUUCUAGAAGCAGCUUAAAAACAACAGAGGAAUAUUAAUCUAAAUAAAGUUAAGUUAAUUCAGCUGAAGAUCAUAUUCAGGAUUAAGAAGAAACAAAAGGAACUCUUCCCCAUUAUCUUCAUACAAAAAGAAACUCACUUAUUUUAGAAAAGGAGAACUUAACAUCUCAAAAAUGCUUUUAAGAAGAAGAGGGAAGCUGGAAAGAAAAGUGUUUAGAACUUUAAAAGAUAAACUAAGAAAAUAAUAGGUAGCAGUUCAUUUAAGAAAGAAAAAUUUAAGAUUUAUAAAUAUAGCUCUAAAAUGAGAGAAAUAAAACGAAGUUCUUAGAAAAAAAUUAAGAAAUUGUGUUAAACUUAAAGAAAGAACUUGAUGAAGAAAAAAUAAAGUGUAAACAGUUUGAAGACAAAUUAGUACAAGCAUAAUAAUAGAUGUAAAGCUAUAAAGCUCAUGAUUAAAUCCAUUAAUUAGGCGAUUCAAGUUUAAUUAAUAAUUUGUAAACUUAACAUAACUAUGUUUCGUUUAGAAAAAAAUCUUUAGAGGGAACUUGUAAGAUAAAUAUUGAAAGUAGGAAUAGAUAAUCUCUCUCUAAACUUGAAAAAAACAAAGAUGAUGAUUAAAAUAAAGCUAGAGUACUUCAAAUGAAUUAGCUUUAUAAUAUGACCCAGUAAAAUAAAAGUCUUAUCUUGAAAGUUUCAGAAUAGCAAAAAUAAAUAGAAUAUCUUUUGGAUUAAUAGUUAUAUAAAGAAUAAAAUCUAGAGAUUUUAUCUCAAGAAAACGCUAUUUUAGGCAACUAGUUGAGAGAAUACACAUAAAUUUUAGGUAACUUAGGGUACUUUUAAUCAUAAAAAUAAAUACCUAAUUUAAUAUCUAUGAAUUAAAAUAACCUAGAUUAAAAUUAAAAUAAAUUCAUUUAAAUAAGGAAAUUUAGUGGAAUUCCUACCUAAAAGAAUGAAAAUUUUGAAUCUAUUUCUGAUCAAUCUUUUACCAACAAAGCGAGUAGCUAGAUAUAUUUCAAAGAAGAUAACAAUAAACCAACUUGUAAUAAUAAAAAUGAUUUCUUAUAAAUGUAAUAGCUCAAAGAAAGCCAUAAGUAGAAGUAAUAGCAAUGCAAUUAAGAAAAUAAGAACUUGGAGUAAAUACAUUUUUAAGAGCUUAAAAAAUAAAUAGAUUACCCUUAUCAAAAUGAGAUAUAAUUUAUAUAAGAUAAUGGAGAAAACACCUACAGAUUAUCUAAGCUUUGCUCUUGCUGA